AUGGGGGUAAUACAGUUCGUAAGACCACCUGAAGACACAUCAACGUGGGUAAUACAGUACGUAAGACCACCUGAAGACACGUCAACGUGGGUAAUACAGUUCGUAAGACCACCUGAAGACACAUCAACGUGGGUAAUACAGUUCGUAAGACCACCUGAAGACACGCCAAUGGGGGUAAUACAGUUCGUAAGACCACCUGAAGACACGUCAACGUGGGUAAUACAGUUCGUAAGACCACCUGAAGGCACGCCAACGUGGGUAAUACAGUACGUAAGACCACCUGAAGACACGUCAACGUGGGUAAUACAGUUCGUAAGACCACCUGAAGACACGUCAACGUGGGUAAUACAGUUCGUAAGACCACCUGAAGGCACGCCAACGUGGGUAAUACAGUACGUAAGACCACCUGAAGACACGUCAACGUGGGUAAUACAGUUCGUAAGACCACCUGAAGACACAUCAACGUGGGUAAUACAGUUUGUAAGACCACCUGCAGUCACGUCAAUGUUGGUAAUACAGUUCGUAAGACCACCUGCAGUCACGUCAACACACGUCAACGUGGGUAAUACAGUUCGUAGACCACCUGAAGGCACAUCAACGUGGGUAAUACAGUUCGUAAGACCACCUGAAGGCACGUCAACGUGGGCAAUACAGUUCGUAAGACCACCUGUAGACACGUCAACUUGGGUAAUACAGUUCGUAAGACUACCUGCAGACACGUCAACGUGGGUAAUACAGUUCGUAAGACCACCUGAAGGCACGUCAACGUGGGUAAUACAGUUCGUAAGACCACCUGAAGACACGUCAACGUGGGUAAUACAGAUCGUAAGACCACCUGAAGACACGUCAACGUUGGUAAUACAGUUUGUUAGACAGUCUAAAGGCAAGUCAACGUGGGUAAUACAGUUCGUAAGACCACCUGAAGACACAUCAAUGUGGGUAAUACAGUUCGUAAGACCACCUGAAGACACGUCAACGUGGGUAAUACAGUUCGUAAGACCACCUGAAGGCACGUCAACGUCGGUAAUACAGAUAGUAAGACCACCUGAAGACACGCCAGGGAGCGGCAACUUGCGGAAGCUCGUCAAUCAUCUUAGAUCAUCAGUUUGA